AUGCCAGAGCCAGCAAAGUCCGCUCCUGAUCCUAAUAAGGGCUCCAAGAGGUGGGUGACUAAGGCGCAGAAGAAGGACGGCAAGAAGCACAAGCGCAGCCGCAAGGCGAGCUACUCUGUGUACUUGUACAAGGUGCUGAGGCAGGUCCACUCCGACACCGGCAUCUCCUCUAAGGCCAUGGGGAUCAUGAACUCGUUUGUCAACCACAUCUUCGAGCGCGUCGCAGGCGAGACUUCCCGCCUGGCGCACUACAACAAGCGCUCGACCAUCACCUCCAGGGAGAUCCAGACGGCCGUGCGCCUGCUGCUGCUCAGGGAGGUGGCCAAGCACGCCGUGUCCGAGGGCACCAAGGCCAUCACCAAGUAUACCAGCGCUAAGUAA